UAAGAAGCCGGAAGAGAGCCUCUCACGUAUUGAUCUUUCAAACCCAUCUGCUUUGUCAGAGCGAGGAGCAAGUGGAGAGAGACAAAGCAGUGCACUGUCUCAAAACAGUGGUUACAAGCAGAUUGUUUCCAUAUAGCCACGGUGAGACUUGCCAUGCCUUUGUAUAAGGCUGACUAUCUGGGGAUGACAUCGAGGAUCCUGUUGAGAUGCUUUACCGGUAUGGUGUUCAUGCUGGCCUUAUCAAUAAUUUCUGAGGCAGAGCCGGAUCAGUAUUCUCGGGGUGUGGACUGGCUGGGUCGUUAUGGAUACCUGCCUCCACCGGAUCCCAAGAUGGGAAAACUCCUAACUAAAGAAGGCUUAGAGAAAGCCAUUCGAGAGAUGCAGAGAUUUGGAGGCAUUGAACAAACUGGAAAAAUUGACAGUGAGACCUUGAAGCUCAUGUCAAAGCCGAGGUGCUCUUUACCUGACAUCAUGGGUUCUGAGGACAGGAUGAAAAGGAGGAGGAGAAAAAGAUAUGCUUUGUCUAACUUAUACUGGAAGAAGGAAGAAAUAACAUGGAGCCUCCACAACAGUCCCACGCGGAAAGAAAACAUAGAAUCACAAGAUAGAGUUCGAGAGAUCAUGAGGUACGCCUUUAAACCCUGGAGUGACGUCACCCCCUUGAAGUUCUCCGAGAAGAACCCAGGUGACGCUGACAUAGAGGUGUCUUUCAGACAUGCGCACCAUGACGACGGCUACCCGUUUGACGGGCCUGGGAACACACUCGCUCACGCUUUCUUCCCUGGGGAGAGCGCUCUCUCUGGAGACACUCACUUUGAUGACGAGGAAGCGUGGGGUUAUGAAGACUCCAGUGGCAGGACCACGGAUCUCUUCACGGUUGCAGUGCAUGAGUUCGGUCAUGCCCUGGGCUUGGCACACUCUGCCGUCGAGGGCUCCAUCAUGGCACCCUACUACGGUGGCCCCGCCGCCCGAGACAUCCGCUCCUACCGCUUGCCUUCCGACGACCGGCAAGCCAUCCAGCAAAUGUAUGGAGCCACAGAGAAAAACCCAACACUUCCUGGUGUCGCAUCUCCUCCUAAUACACCUCCACCACGUGUGACGCCAAAACCAGACCCAUCUGUCCCAAAUCGCUGUGUGGGAGGCUUUGAUGCAGUGGCCGACUUCAGAGGAGAGGUUUUCUUCUUCAAAGCUAAAUUCUUUUGGAGGAGAGUGCAGGCAGGGUCCUUGCUCUCUAAUGCUCCAGCACUCAUCAAGAACUUCUGGUUUGGCCUCCAUGAUCAAAAUAAUAAACACGUUGAAAAGAUUGACGCAGCAUACGAGCGCAGCGACAGUAGCAUUGUCUUCUUCAGUGGCCAGUCCUACUGGGUCUUCAAGGACACCAAGGCGCUGCCUGGCUACCCACGGCCCAUAACCGAGUGGGGGAUGACACACAGCAAUGGGCUGCCCGUGACCAGGGUGGACGCAGCGUUCGUCUGGGCUCACAAUGGGCGGACUUUCCUCUUCAGUGGCAAAGAGUUCUGGGGCUUCUCCAAUGGCAAAGAUUUGGGGACCCCGAAGCCAGACGAGGGCUACCCCAAACCCACAUCACUGUGGACAGGGGUGCCCAGUGAUCCAGAUGACAUCAUCACCAAUAAAGAGGGAGACACGUGUUUCUUCAAGGACAACUCCUUCUGGAUACUGGAAAAGGGAAAGCUGGGUGCGGAAGUGGUCCCUUUUAAAUCCACAGCUAUUGAGUGGAUGAAGUGUCCCCUGAAGGAUAUACCAAAACCCCGCUCGGGGGGAGAUGACUGCAGUUGCGGUAUAAGUGGGGCCUCUGUUUCAAUUUCAAUUUCGUCCGUGAGAAGUAGCCAAUGGGCCUUACUCAUCCUCACCAUGGCCUUUUUACAGACAUCACUGAUAAUAUGAAAGAAUUGUGCAUCUGUGCCUUUAUGUCACUUUGUUGUAUUAUUUGCUUCAAAGAAAGUAUUACAAAAGAAUGCAUUAUGAUGAAUGAAUUUCACAAUUAAUAUCCAUUUAAUGAGACUUCAUACACAGGUUUACUUUACAUCGUGGGAAAAUAUGUUGAGGCAGCAACUGAAUACAACGAAGUUGCAACAUUUCCCCUUCACGCAGAACAGAAACUGCCAAAGAUUUGUGCCUUUUUUUAAUGUCGUAAUUUUGAUGACGUAAGACUAUUAAGACUAUUCACAGAAACGUUUUAGAGAAGUACAUUUUGACCUCAUCUCAACUCUAUUAAAUGUUUGUUGACAAUACUAAUACUGCAGACACUUCUCUGAUUUUUAAACAUGUCAUUAUGGAAAGAAAUACUCUCUGAAUUAAGCAUAAACAACUAUUCCACAACAGUUAUUAGCACCUGAUGGAUAGGCAAGACUGUUACUAAUGUUGAGGAGGGCUGGAUAGCAGGAAGGAACACUCUUAAAAUGAAUGUGUUGGAAACAACACAAACUGUGUUAUCCCUAUCUGGACAGAGAGAUGUGUUAAAAAAAAAACAACGCACGCUGUGCUAUUUUCAACACAAAUAGCACAACAAAUAACAAAAGCAACGUGUUGCAAACAACACAAUUGCUGUGUUGUCCCUAUUAUUAUUAUUAUUAUUAUAUGUGUGGCACACAGAUUGGGACUACUUCAAGAAUCUCCACAGUGUGCUCCUGUUUACUGGGUGCUCGACUAGUAUAAUCAUUUUACAGUAUGUUGGGGUUUUUUGUGUAUUUUAAUUAUUACUUUAUUUACUUUUUUUUUACUUUUUAAAUGUUUAAAACAAUUGUUUUACUAUUGCCCUUCUGUGUUUUUAUUAGCUGCUCCUAUUUAACAUUAUUAUAGAAUAUUCUUACCCCUUUUAUUUAAUAAAUUGGUCAUUGCCUGAGUGAAUAAAGAAGUUGCUUGUCAGCA